CUGACAUUGAAAUUAUAAGCGUCUGUGAGGAAACAAAAAAAACCAACACAGUCAUACUGCUAAUCCAUGUGUGACAUCAGGAUGAAGACUCUGUUACGCGGACCUAUAGCCCUGGUUUUACUUCUUUGUGUGGGAUUGGGGACAGGGAAUAAGGAUGAGGGGGUGGUUCACUUUGAGAAGACUGACGAGAGGUUGUGUCUGAGGGCGUGUCCCCAGAUCUUCUCCCCUGUGUGCGGCAAUGAUGGGGUCACCUACGCCAACACCUGUGAGAUGGAGACCCAGGCCUGCAGGCUGUCAAAACCGAUAAGCGUCGAUCAUUGGGGUGAAUGCUGACGUCAGCAAACAGUCAUCAGGGACAAGUGGUUUACUGUCAGACAGGAAAGGAAUACAC